CCUUUUCAACACAGUGUGAGCAAAUACUGAACAUUUAGGAUUGAAACAAAUAGGAUUCAUCGCUGAUUUAUUUGUAUUGGAUUAUAUUAGAUUGUACAGAUGUUCACCUAUUAACUCAGUGUCCAGGUCAGUUGGGUUUCCAUCACACACUUCAAUGUUACAAAUAAUGCUGCAUGUUUCUAUAUGUCUCUGUUCUCUGUGUCUAGUUUCUGGACAGUCUCCUACAUUUGGUCUCAAAGGGGGAAAAGUCUUCUUGAAGCCAGACAUCACUGGACAUCCUGAUGGAAUUCGGUGGAAAUUUAAAGGCAACACAGUGGUAGAGUUUGAAGCCCAAGUGCAACAGGUGUUCAGGCCAUAUCAAAACAGGAUCACUCUCAACUGGGUCACCGCAGAACUCAAUAUCGCUGACCUCAGAUUGGAAGACAGCGGAGACUACGAACUGGAAGUAGAGAUCAAUAACGCGUUGCAUACUUCUUACUAUGCACUGGAGGUCAUGGACAAAGUCAGCAGACCCACCAUUUCCUGUAAGAUGAACGACGGCGGCAGCUUGAACGUAUCCGGAGAGCUGGUUUGCUCUGCAGAGCCUCAACCCUCACUGAAGUUUGAGUGGGGAGCUCGUGGAAACGUGCAGCUCGGCCCACAGCUGCAAAUACCUCUGGGGGAUGAACAUGAUGAUGAAGUGUACAGUUGUAGUGUGAGCAACCAGCUGAGCAAGGAAACAACUACAUUCACUGCAAAGGAUUGUUACCCAGUACCGAUCACCAUUGCAGUCAUCAUUGUUCUUGUGUUGCUCCUCGGGUGUGUGGCCAUACAUUGUUUUAAACGACACAAUAAAGCAUGUUUUGCAGAAGAAGACGAUUUGGAAAAACAAUCCCUAUCUGGAUGUAAAGAAAAUGAAAUGACUAAACAAGAGGAGAUCCCAAAUAAAGGGCUUGUUGAAAGGGUGAAAAAACGUCUUGGAUUGGAAGGUUCAAAUAAGAGGGAAGGACAGAAUGAUGAAAAAAGGAGUCUCGUACACAGAGAAUCAACUCUUCCCUCUAAGCAAAAACUUUUCCAAGGGAAUAAAUAUAGAAGGACUAAUACAUUUCCUGACAAACAAAACGAAGCGACGGAUUUGGACCAUAAAGAGCCAGUGAAGGAGGCAGAAGCUCAGUCGACUCCUCGUGUUGAAGCUCCCCCGGCUGCUCAGGCACUUUCCCCUUUGACCAAAAGCUCUCUGAAUACGGCCCCUAAAGACCCGGCUGGUGGACUAAAGGACGUCGCCAACUCAGGUCAGGUGACCGGAGGCUCUGCCCAGAAUAAAGUUUCAGAAUCCGACUCAUCAGGAGCAGGGAAAAGAAAUGAAUCAGACGACUCUGGUGAAGACAAACCGAUGUCUACGCCGACGGAUUUGGACCAUGAAGAUGAAAUGACUAAACAAGAGGAGAUCCCAAAUAAAGGGCUUGUUGAAAGGGUGAAAAAACGUCUUGGAUUGGAAGGUUCAAAUAAGAGGGAAGGUCAGAAUAAUGUAAAAAGGAGUCACGUACACAGAGAAUCAACUCUUCCCUCUAAGCAAAAACUUUUCCAAGGGAAUAAAUAUAGAAGGACUAAUACAUUUCCUGACAAACAAAACGAAGCGACGGAUUUGGACCAUGAAGAGCCAGUGAAGGAGGCAGAAGCUCAGUCGACUCCUCGUGUUGAAGCUCCCCCGGCUGCUCAGGCACUUUCCCCUUUGACCAAAAGCUCUCUGAAUACGGCCCCUAAAGACCCGGCUGGUGGACUAAAGGACGUCGCCUACUCAGGUCAGGUGACCGGAGACUCUGCCCAGAAUAAAGUUUCAGAAUCCGACUCAUCAGGAGCAGGGAAAAGAAAUGAAUCAGACGACUCUGGUGAAGACAAACCGAUGUCUACGCCGACGGAUUUGGACCAUGAAGAUGAAAUGACUAAACAAGAGGAGAUCCCAAAUAAAGGGCUUGUUGAAAGGCUGAAAAAACGUCUUGGAUUGGAAGGUUCAAAUAAGAGGGAAGGUCAGAAUAAUGUAAAAAGGAGUCACGUACACAGAGAAUCAACUCUUCCCUCUAAGCAAAAACUUUUCCAAGGGAAUAAAUAUAGAAGGACUAAUACAUUUCCUGACAAACAAAACGAAGCGACGGAUUUGGACCAUAAAGGCAAAGAUGAUCAUCAGGGAGGAGAUGCAGAUGCAGUCACGCCCAAAGAGCCUCCACAGGAAAAAGAGCCACUGAUCAACCAAUCAGACCGUGUGGAGGAGAAUGACCCAGAACCUGCUGGUGUGUCAGACCACGCCAGUGAGGACAAGAAGUCUAGUCCUGAAUCUCCUGAACAUCCAGAGCCAUUGAAGGAGGCAGAAGCUCAGUCGACUCCUCGUGUUGAAGCUCCCCCGGCUGCUCAGGCACUUUCCCCUUUGACCGAAAGCUCUCUGAAUACGGCCCCUAAAGACCCGGCUGAACAAAAGGACGUCAUCAACUCAGGUCAGGUGACCGGAGACUCUGCCCAGAAUGAAGUCGGAGGAUCCGAAUCAGGAGAAGGGAAAAGAAAUGAAUCAGAGGACUCUACCGAUCAUAAACAGAGAGGUUCAACGGCAUCCAUAGAGACAGAUGUCCACCUUUCACAAGGAGAAAAUAACACAAGCAAAGAGAGCCAGACGGUAAAUGUCAAACCUGUUUCUGGAGAUGAAGAUGAAAGUACAACAAAUGCAGGAGACCAUGAAGAAACAGACACACAACAGCAUCUGAAUUCAGCAAACUCUGAGCAAACUCAGAGCCCAAGAACCAAACCAGACCACAGCAACACUGAUGCUGGUCCAGUGUCCUCAGACACUAAACCAGCACAACCAGACGAAGAAGAAGAGCACGAGACCUCCACUGACUCACAGGACACGGAGGGGCAGUCAGAUGAAGGCGAGAAAAAAAUUGUUGAAGAUAAAAGUAAAACAAAUGCAGGAGAACAUGAAGAAACAGACACACAACAGCAUCUGAAUUCAGCAAACUCUGAGCAAACUCAGAGCCCAAGAACCAAACCAGACCACAGCAACACUGAUGCUGGUCCAGUGUCCUCAGACACUAAACCAGCACAACCAGACGAAGAAGAAGAGCACGAGACCUCCACUGACUCACAGGACCCGGAGGGGCAGUCAGAUGAAGGCGAGAAAAAAAUUGUUGAAGAUAAAAGUAAAACAAAUGCAGGAGAACAUGAAGAAACAGACACACAACAGCAUCUGAAUUCAGCAAACUCUGAGCAAACUCAGAGCCCAAGAACCAAACCAGACCACAGCAACACUGAUGCUGGUCCAGUGUCCUCAGACACUAAACCAGCACAACCAGACGAAGAAGAAGAGCACGAGACCUCCACUGACUCACAGGACACGGAGGGACAGUCAGAUGAAGGCGAGGACAAAACUGUUGAAGAUAGAAAUGAGGCCUAGUGUGGCUCUAAGGGAGAAAGGCAAUGACAGAUGCAGUGAGGAUAAAGCAGGACAAAAGGAACAUGAAGGUGUGUCGGUGGCUUUUAUGCAACUUGGAGAACAUGGUGAGAUUUACGAAGGAAGCAGAUGGUGAAAGUGAAGCUUUAAAUAAAACAGGGCAAGAAUAAGUCAACUCAACACAAAUGCUGUCAUUGAAACCAGCAAAACAAGAAUUUAAACUAGAAGGCUGAAAACACACACAGAGCAGAGAUCACAUCUUUACACGAAGCCACAGAGAGUCUCAGCUCAGAGUGAGAUGAACCUGAAAGGAAGCGACGAGGACCAGAAACUCCAACAAGAAAAGGAUUGUUUCUACUUUUCCCUCAAGAUUUCUCCAGCUCUUCUUUUUAACUCCUUAGCUUCUUCUAAUAAUAUUGACGUUAUAUGCUGUAGGAGCCAUACAUUGGGUUUGAUUAUUCUUUUGUAUCAUUUCUUCUUUCUUUCUACAUUGUUUGUAUGUGCGCGUGUGGUGUGACGUCAUUUGUAUCUACGACACCGUAAGGGGGUGUGUUGUGUACAUUAGCGUGUGUCUGUUCACCUGUGGGGCUCGGCGGGUUGUUUGGAGCAUGGCUGCAGGGUGAGCAUGGGGAACAAACUUUCUUCACCGUCACUGGAGUAAUUAUUGUCACUAACGUCACUACGAAGUUUUAUGUGCUGUUGAUCCUCUCUUGACUGAUGAAAGGCAUCUAUCAAUGUAAGUGAUUGGCGUGUAUUCUUUCUGCUGGUGAAACGGAGUAAUAAACAUCAGAUGAAAUACUUCA